AUGCCGAUCCAAUCACGAAAUGAAGGGAGCCAGCACCAGCUCAGCACGGCGCGGCCACUCGUCGACGAGGAGCGUGAUGAAGUGGCCUCCUCUCUCGCUCUUGUCUGUGCUGCCGUCGUGACUGCCAGCCAGGAGAGGCGUGCGCUGUCGGUUCCACUGGAGGCCCGGGCUAUGGAGAUCGGAUCCCCAGCUGACGGCAGUGGUCGUCGGCUGGAGGUGCACAUCCAGACGCUGUCACGGCGGGCUCGGGCUCUUGAAUCAAGAGUCUUGAUAGCGGAGACCGUCGUGGAUUUCGGGCAAGACGCCCUAGCGGUGACGACCACGGGGACGCCAGGCAUCGGCAAGUCCAUGUUCUUCGCGUACUUCUUCCUGCGCUUCAGCGUCGAGAACCAGAAGACCACGAUCAUCGCCGCCUCAUUCAGCACGCAUUCCACAAUGACGGAGGUGAACGAAGCGAAGGACGGACUGAUUCACUUGUACGACGGGCCACCACAAUACAGUCCCGUGGGCUUUCACAUGCAAGAGCGAAUGGCACCCCGUUCUGGUCAUGCCGCUCUGGGAUCUGAGGAGCUGCACAUUGCAUCUGAAGAAGUGAAUCUCACAGGAACUGCGCCGCUUGGUAACGGAACCCAGAGGAAUCGGGAAGAGGGACCUAGCAUCGCUGUCCACGAGCUGACCAAGUUUGCGGACGUAAUUGAACAGCGCUUCCGCGUAUUUGACGGAGUUGCCCGUGAGUGGACAAAACCUUCGUUGAUCGACGGCUAA